CAUUGUCGUAUGAUUGGUGUUUACCUUUUUAAUGUUUACUUAAAAUUUCUGACAUAUACAAAGUAAAAAAUAUGUGUUUUCAUUAUGUUGUCCUUAAAUAUUAAGAAAGUACAUAUUCUUAAAUAUUAAGAAAGAUAAAAAGAUUGUUCUUGUAUAAUAUAUACAGUAUAAAAAUGGCUUCACCUCAAAAAUUAGCAAACAAAUUUUAUAGAAUUUCACCACAAAUAUUAAAAAAUGAUAAAAGAAUAUACUUAAGUCCAAGAACUCCUAUAAAAAAUGUUUAUAAAAAUAAUAUCGAAACCAAAAACCAAUUAUCUCCUUUUAAUAUUGAUACUCCUAACAGACAAAAAAUAUUAAAAGAUGGUUUUCCUAUCAAAUGUGGCACAUUUCUAGGAAGCGGCGGAUUCGGUAUUGUAUAUAAAGCUUUGUAUAAAGGUGAACAAGUGGCAGCUAAAAUAAUACAAACAGAAAAAUAUUCUAAUAUGUUAAACAGUGAAAAACAUGCUUCUUUCUUAAAACAUUCCAAUAUAGUAAAAGUGUUAAUGAUAGAACAAGGUGCUUCUUUGUCUUUAAUAACAAUGGAAUUAUGUGGCACUACCUUGCAAAAUCGUCUAGAUGAAGCAAUAUUAAUUAAAAAUGAAAGAAUUUGUAUAUUAAAAAGUAUAACUUGUGCUCUACAAUUUUGUCAUAAUGCUGGUAUUGUUCAUGCGGAUGUCAAACCUAAAAAUAUUCUAAUGUCCAAAAAUGGUCAACCAAAGCUUACUGAUUUUGGUAGUUCAGUGCUAAUAGGUGCACCAAAUGAAAUUGAUAAAUUUUAUGGCACACCAGGAUAUACUGCUCCAGAAGUUAUAAAACAAAAUAGACCAACUCCUGCAGCAGAUAUUUAUUCUUUAGGAAUUGUAGCUUGGCAAAUGUUAUUUAGAAAAUUACCAUUUGCUGGAUUGCAUAGUCACACAAUUAUUUACCUUUCUGCGAAAGGGCAUCGCCCUAUAGAUGAUAAUAUUGAUGAUGAAUUUAAAGGUACCUAUAAAACGUUAUAUAAACAAAUGUGGUCACAAAAUAUUACUGAAAGGCCUACAACCAAUGAAGUAAUAACUAAAAUUGAUACAUUAAUUUCUUCUUAAUAUUUAUUUCAAUUAUUAUCCUUAUUUAAUAGAAAUUUUUAUUAUUCUAUAGUAGAUACGUAUGAAUUAAUGAUCA